AUGCGUGCCAUUUCGGUCACAGUGACGCUACUGUUCUGUGCUAAUACAUGGGCCUUUCUAAAAGCCAGUCAAAACAAUCAGAGUCUUACUAUUGCUAACGACCGGCUGGUUGCAUCGGUGAGCAAAUCAAAAGGGUAUAUCAAUGUUUUGACGCUCGACGGCCAAAACCUUCUUGGAACAGAAUCUGGUAACACUGGUGUUGGACCAUAUCUUGAUUGCUACUGUACUCCGAGUGGUUUCUGGACGCCUGGUCGUGGUAAAGAUGUUCAAUAUCAAUUAUUCAACGGCACCGACUCAACCGGCACCCCAUAUGGCGGUAUCAGCAUGGGAGAAACGUAUGCGCCUACCGGCCAACGGCUGGAGCAAUACUGGUUUCUAAAAGAAGGCGAGACUGGGCUUCAUACUUUCAGCCGAAUAGUAUACCACAACGAGACUACGCCAUUUCUGCGGAACCUGCAGGAGUUCCGGACUCUAUUCAGACCCAACCACGACCCUCCACUCUUCACCCACUUUGUCACCAACGACAAGUUUUCCGCACCCCGUCCAGAUACAAAUGGUCAAGCAGUCGUUCAAGAUGCUACCUGGCAGCUUGCCAAUAAAGACGAUCCAUACGUAAAAGGCGUAGGCGACUACUUCACCAAGUACACCUUCCAAGACAGCUGGCGCAACCACCUCGCCCACGGCAUGUACGCCGAUGGCCGCACCACAAACGGGACCACGUACGGCGCCUGGCUCGUUCACAACACCGUCGAAACCUACUUCGGCGGUCCCACACACUCAGACCUCGUCGUGGACGGCAUCGUCUACAACUACAUGGUCUCCAACCACCAUGGCGCCCAAACCCCAAACAUAACAAACGGCUUCGACCGCACUUUCGGCCCACAAUACUUCCACUUCAACACGGGCGGUACACUGGACGAACUGCGUAAAGACGCAGAGCAAUACGGUCAACGCCCAGAUUGGAACGCACCCUUCUACGACUCCAUCGCCGCCCACGUCCCAAAUCUCCUUCCAUCAUCCCACCGCGGCACCUUCGAAGCAACCAUCUCUCUCCCCGCCGGUGCCCAAAACCCCAUCGCCAUCCUCACCACCACCGGCCACAACUACCAAGACAACGCCGCAAACAGCACCGCAUACCAAUACUGGACGCCCAUCCCCUCUUCCGGCACCAUCUCCAUCCCCCGCGUAAAACCCGGAUCCUACCGCCUCACCCUCUCCGCAACCUCCAUCUUCGGCGACACCACCCACGACUCCAUCUCCAUCUCCGCCUCGCACACAACCACACUCAACAUGACCUGGACCCCCGAAUCCGCCGGUAAAGAACUCUUCCGCAUAGGCACCCCCGAUAAAUCCUCUGGCGAAUUUCGCCACGGCACCUCCCCUUCCCCCACCCACCCUUUGCUAACCGAAGAAUACCGACUCUACUGGGCCGCCUACGAUUUCAUCACCGAUUUCCCCUCGGGCGUGCGCUUCAAGGUGGGAGGACAAGAUGACGAGAGCACGGCCCUGAAUUAUGUCCAUUGGGCUGUUUUUGGGGGUAAAGGGAAUAGUCUGAGGCCUGUGCCGGUGCCUGAUCAUGUUUAUGACUGGAGUAUAGUGUUUGAGUUGCCAAAGGAGGAGGGGCAGGGAGGGGCAAGGGGCAAGAAGGCGACGUUUACCGUGCAGCUUGCGGCCGCGAAGACGGCGGCGGGGAAUACCGAUGUGAAUUCGGGCGAGGAGGAGUGGGCGGAUUUGCCGUUGAGUGUGCGGGUUAAUGGCGUGGGCGUGGGCGUGUGGGUUAUUCCAUACUACCAGUCUUCAUCCUGCGCGGUGCGUUCAGCCGUGUCGUGCUAUCAUUUGGCGCACAAAUUUGAGUUUUCGGGGGAUUUGCUCAAGGAGGAAGGGGAGAAUGAGAUUGUGCUGAGUCUGCCGUAUAAUGCGACGGAUAGUGAGAGUGCGGUAUUGCCCGAGGCAGUGUAUGUGCAGUAUGAUGCGUUUAGGUUGGAGGUGGAGUAA